AGACCUAGGGGAAGCUCGGCCGCGUUCCUGACCUGAGACCUGACCGGCUGGGACCAUGGGAUGCUGCCCGGGAGACUGCCUCAAUUGCUGCUCCCAGGAACAGGACUGCUGUGAGGAGUGUUGCUGCCAGCAGGGCUGCUGCGGCUGCUGUGGCUGUUGUGGCUCCUGCUGUGGCUGCGGAGGUUCUAGCUGCGGAGGAGGCUGCUGCGGGUCUGGCUGCGGGGGAUGCGGAGGCUGCGGGUCUAGCUGCUGCGGAUCUGGCUGCGGAGGAGGCUGCGGGGGCUGUGGAGGCGGCUGCUGUGGCGGCUCCGGAUGCUGCGGUGGUGGCGGCGGGUGCUGUGGUCCAGUGUGCUGUCAGCCCACACCUGUGUGUGAGACAAAAUGAAGACCUUCCCCCCUCUAACUGAGACAGUGUUGGGGACAGCCUCCGUCCAGUCCACUCCAGAUGGAGACCUCCUCAUCUCCUGACUCGUUUGCACCUCCAAGACAGCGACAUGCCUCUCCUGUUAUUUCUGAUAGGAGAGCUUGCCCUGGGGUCUAAGGCACUCAGGGCCAAAGAGCCAUUUCCUGGCAAGAAAUUAAAAGCUGGGUUCCAAUGAGGUGGUCACCAAGUUCAAUGUUCCUGACUUCAUUUACAUGAAGUUACACGCCUCGCAGCUAUGAGGCAUUCUCUUACUCUUUGGACCUCUUGGUCCAUCCCAGUUUUCUGCUCCUUUGAAACUUUGUCAAUCUUUUAAUAAAUUCAAGCAUGCUGGCUACCCUA